CUCUUUCGCCGCGGCCGUCCGAGAGGGCAGCCGGCCGGUCGCUCUCCAGGUCGCUACCUCCCAGCUGCUGUCGCCGCCUCUGCCGCCGCCGCCGCCGCUUCCUUAGUGCUGCCAGCCGCUUCAGAGCCAGCGCGGGUCACGUGAGUUCGCCCGGCCCACAGAGGCGGCGGCGCAAACAGCGACCCCGAGGCCCGCCUCCCAGCACCAAAGAGGUGCAGGAAGGAGAGUCCGCCAGCCGCGGCCCGCCCGCCGGCUCCUCAAACAGCCCCUCGCCGGUCCUCCAAUCUCCCAGCGAGAAGAAAGAAAGAGCGUCCCCGGAAACCACCGAAACGCUGGGGUAGAGCGGCACAUGUUUUGCCUCUUUGCCGGUCCUCCUCGGUGGCCGUGCUCCUGCGCGAAAGGACCUUGGGCUCCCCCUGUGCGCGGGCGGCUAGCGGGCGCUGUACGAAGCUGCAGUGGGGAAGUCGGUGGCGUUACGUGGCAUUGACCCAGAGCUCUGAGACUCCUCAGCACAAUGACUCAAGCAGAAAUUAAACUGUGUUCUUUGUUGCUGCAAGAGCAUUUUGGAGAGAUCGUAGAAAAAAUUGGAGUCCACCUAAUCAGAACUGGCAGCCAGCCACUAAGAGUUAUUGCCCAUGACACAGGAACAUCAUUGGAUCAGGUAAAAAAAGCCCUUUGUGUCCUCAUCCAGCAUAACCUGGUGAUAUAUCAGGUGCACAAACGUGGUGUGGUAGAGUAUGAAGCCCAGUGCAGCCGGGUGUUGCGAAUGCUUAGGUAUCCCCGAUACAUCUAUACUGCCAAAACACUGUACAGUGACACUGGCGAGCUGAUUGUUGAGGAGCUCCUGUUGAAUGGCAAGAUGGCAAUGUCAGCUGUCGUGAAGAAAGUAGCAGAUCGGCUCACAGAGACUAUGGAGGAUGGCAAGACCAUGGACUAUGCUGAGGUCUCAAACACAUUUGUGCGACUAGCAGACACACACUUCGUGCAGCGUUGCCCCUUGGUGCCUGCCACUGAGAAUUCAGACCCUGGGCCACCGCCACCUGCCCCCACUCUUGUCAUCAGUGAAAAGGACAUGUACCUGGUUCCUAAACUGAGCUUGAUAGGGAAAGGUAAAAGGAGGAGAUCAUCUGACGAAGAUGCAACUGGGGAGCCCAAGGCCAAGAGACCAAAACAUACCACAGAUAACAAAGAGCCCAUUCCAGAUGAUGGGAUUUAUUGGCAGGCCAACCUUGACAGAUUCCACCAGCACUUCCGUGACCAAGGCAUUGUCAGUGCAGUUGCCAACAGGAUGGACCAGACAAGCAGCGAGAUCGUGCGGACCAUGCUCCGGAUGAGUGAGAUUACCACUUCCUCUAGUGCCCCCUUCACCCAGCCAUUGUCUUCCAACGAGAUCUUCAGAUCCCUACCUGUUGGCUACAACAUCUCUAAGCAAGUUCUUGAUCAGUAUCUCACUCUGCUGGCAGAUGAUCCACUUGAGUUUGUUGGAAAGUCUGGCGACAGUGGUGGAGGAAUGUAUGUCAUCAACCUACAUAAGGCUCUAGGAUCUCUAGCCACAGCCACUCUGGAGUCGGUCAUACAAGAGAGAUUUGGGUCUCGCUGUGCCAGAAUAUUCCGUUUAGUUUUACAAAAGAAACACCUGGAGCAGAAACAGGUAGAAGACUUUGCAAUGAUUCCAGCAAAAGAGGCAAAGGAUAUGCUUUAUAAAAUGCUCUCAGAAAAUUUCAUAUCACUCCAGGAAAUUCCCAAAACACCAGACCAUGCCCCAUCCAGGACCUUCUAUUUAUAUACUGUGAACAUCCUGUCAGCUGCCCGAAUGUUGCUGCACAGAUGCUACAAGAGUGUAGCCAACUUGAUAGAAAGGAGGCAAUUUGAAACCAAAGAAAACAAGCGUCUACUGGAAAAGUCUCAGAGGGUAGAAGCCAUCAUUGCAUCUAUGCAGGCUACAGGUGCAGAGGAGGCACAGCUACAAGAAAUAGAGGAGAUGAUCACAGCCCCUGAACGCCAGCAGCUAGAGACCCUGAAACGUAAUGUCAACAAGUUGGAUGCCUGUGAGAUCCAGGUGGAUGAAACCAUCUUCCUGCUGGAGUCAUACAUCGAGAGCACCGUGAAGAGACAAUGACCCAGAAGAAGAGUCUUCCUCAGAAGAUCUGAGGGGAUUGGAAGGAAGAAUAAAGGAGGUGCCUAGAUGCAUUCUUUGCAGUAGGAUAAGUUCCAGAUUCUUGUACUGAAACCCUCUCUCUAUCCCUACCACCCAGAAUACACCAGAAAGAGUUUGACAUA